AGGCUGACGAUAGCCCCUGGCUCUGCAAUGCUGACGAAAGCCGCUUAGAUCCUCGGUUGCUAUGGGCAACUGGAGUGAGCAGCCAGACAAAAACGAGGCAAAGGGGAGGGGCUUUCAAGGGAGAAAUAGAGGAGAAAGAGCUGGAUGAAAAAGACAGACAGAAGGACGGAUACAGACAACCGAUAAAGAAUCACACUGAGAGCUACAGAGGUAAAGAAAGGGUCCAGACAGAGAUAAAGAGACGGGCCAGAUAUAAAUGUUCACUCCACUGGCUGGAGAAUAAUAAGUGCAGCAAGUGACAGGAGGACACAGCGAAAAGAUGGAUGUACAAACGGAGAACACGGAUCCAUUGCAUCCAUUGCCUUGUGAAUCCCAGCCAAGUGGAAAAAUCAGAAAAGGAUUCAAGCUGUUUGGCAAACGCAAGCCAGGUAACAUCUUUUCUUCUAUUCGAAGCAAAGGGGAUGGAAACAACAAAUCACCUAUCAGGAGCAAAACCCUUGAUGGAUUAUCAGAGACCACUGGCCGAGAUUCGGAGCAGGAGCCAGACAAGGAAAAGGAGGUGAGUCAAGGAGAGAGGGAGCAGGCAGAGGAGGAGCCGCUUGGCGAAGAUGGCAUUUUGGCUGCCACCGCUGCUCGCAACUCCAUUUGUUCAACCAGCUCUGCCAAGUCCCUCAGCUUCCUGUCAUUACUGAGGGGUGGCCGGAGAGGGGUUGGGGACCGCCGAGUCCACACCGUGUCCCAGCCAGUGGGUUGGCAACGUCGUGGGCUGAAGGGUCUCUUUGGUAAUGUUAAGUUCCGAUCAAAAGAUAAAGAGGACAAGGAGGACGCCCCACCAAUCCCCCUUCUCAUGUCGUCCCGCACCAACAGUGUGGAAAUCAUCAAAGAGGACCUCUCACUCACCCCCAAAUCUCAGCCUCGCUUUCUGGACAGCCCUGAGACUGAGACCUGUGAGCUUGACAAGAGCUCAACAACACAAGACAGUGCAGCCACACCCCCUUCAGAGACCAUAACUCCCCAGGUGACAGCAGGCAAUGUGAGUAGAAUGAAUGAGCAUGUGCCACAUUCACCCAUCUCUGAGCCACCACUGGUGCCUGGUGACUGCAGCCUGAGCUCCUUGCUGGCAGACAUCUCCUCUCUCCUCACCUUUGACUCAAUCACAGGAGGUGGAGACAUCAUGGCUGAUGUGGAGGCAGAGUGGGGGAAAGCCAGCAGUGCCAUCAGUGCUGUGGUGACUGAAGUCAUGCCAUCAUCCACAUGUCUCUCCUCCAAAGCAACCCUCUCUUCCCCGCUAACUUCCCCUUCUGUCAGCACUGCUCUUACAGCAAAGCCCUCCCCUGUAGCCGUCCCCACAGCAGCUGUGACCCAGUCCUUUACUCCACUGACAAAGGCAACUUCCACCUCUUCUCCCGUUGCCAGGCCGAGUCCUAUCAUCAUGACAUUGACCAAAUCUUCCACUUUAACGACUCACUCAGUCAAACUGAGCUCGGACUCUACUCCAGUCCCUGAGCCUUCCACCAGCAUUACAGUUAAAGCAGCUCCUAUGCCCACAGCAACAAAAGCUUCAACUACACCUGCAACAUCAACAAGCUUUUCUGCUCGAAUAAUGUCUUCCCCUUUGAUAAUUAAAUCCACACCAAGCUCCACCUCUACUACUACCACAUGUCCUCCAAGCACCUCAGCCACUGUAAUUGAGGAUCCCACAAUUAGUCCAACCCCUACCUCUACAGCUAGUAAACUGGCAUCAGAAAUUGCAGCGCCUCCACAAGUUAAUGCUUCAGUAAGUAAAUUUAGCAUAGUAGCUACUCCACCUCCUGCAACAGCUAAACCUCCACCAGUAACCCAUAGCCCUCCCACCUCUGUUUCCUUUACCCAACUUCCACCUGUUAAACUGGAUUCAGAUAGCAGUCUGAACGUGCAAACUUUCACUUCCUAUAAACCCUCCCUAAGUUUGACUGCAGGAGAAUCUAAAACCCCAGUGACUGUAUCACCAGCCUGUACUGUUACAACUGGACUGGUCAUCCCCUCCAAGGUAACAACAGCUCCCACACCAACUACAACCUCAGGCUCAGCAUCUGAGGACCUUUCCAAGCCUACUCGCACCUCUACCCUAACAGAUUUAAAUAAGAGCCCUCCCUCUCUUGCAACAGUUCCAGAUCUUUGUCCUUCCUCUGCUCCAAUUACCUCAAGUAAGCUCCAGCCCAGCCUUCCUUCUGUUCCAACUCUAUCAUCAGCUUCUGUAGAUAAGGUCCCUUCCACAAUUAAACCCACUCCUGCACCAAUCUCAUUAGAUAAAAUUCCCACUGCUCCAACACUGACCCCAGCCCCUCCCACUCAUGCUGUUGUUUCUACAGCAUCCCCAACAUCUCCUGCUCUGGGUGAGAUCCCAGUCUCUCAAUUUAAACACCCUUCAUCUCAUGCUCAAAUCCCAAUUUCUGUAUCUAAAGACUCUCCUGCUCCUGCUCAAAUCCCAUUUUCAGAGUCUAAACCUCCCCCUACCCCUUACCCUGUCAUUUCUCUUCCUUCUACCCCUGCACUUGGGCCGAGUGAAGCCCCAGCUUCUGCUAAGAUGAGAGGAAGUGGACAGACAUCAGGUGAUGGACAACUGACUAGUCCAAGUAGCACAGGUACACACGGGGUUGAGACUGUGCUGUCCAAAAUAGAAGAAUUGCAUAAUGAGACACCAACAAGCCACCAGGGCCCUUUGAAAGAAAGGAGGACACCAAAAGUAAAAACAUCAGGACUAAGCAAAAUUCCUGUAGUUGGAGGGGGUCGAGCAGGCAAAAUACCUGUCCGGGACAGCCAACACGCUGAUGACGAAGCAAGCAGAGACCCACCUACUCCAGUGCUAGAAGAAGAGAGGCCCCAUUUCAACUCACAUGAUGGACGGAACAAAGAUAAAGUCUGUGAUGUGGAGGCUAAUGUGCUCACUUCAAAACACACCCAGGAGGAGAGUCAGCAGCAGCUCCAGCCAAAAGCCCCCACCAGCUUAUCACGUGACUCAAAGAUUCCUGUGAAGCACAGCACAUCCCAAAUCUCUCAAGCUAAAGAACCCCCUCGCACCAAGAUACCUGUGUCUAAGGUUCCAGUCCGCAGGGUUGGAAAUAAACCCACAGCUUCUGGAGGGAGCUCCCAGAUAAGAAAAUAAGACACCGGACUGAAUCAGUCAGUGAAAGAGAUUAUGGCUUUGACUGUAACUGUCCCCCUCUUUUUAAUCCAUAGUUCUAUACUGUAAUUCUUGGCUUGUCUCUCUCUCUUGUCAUCUUUUGGCUUCACUACACCGUAAGCAACAAUAACAGAGUCAAGGAGGCUGACAGCACUCAAGCACAAAACAUCUCUACAGGGAGCCGAAGCAACAAGCCCGACUCUUUGGUGCUGAGCCAACUGGACAUGCACUCAGGAAAGGUUCAGGGUCACACCUGAACACACGGCAGGAGCAUCGGUAUCUAAAGAUAAGCAAAAUAAAAGGUCUUCUGGGAACACACACACACACACACACACACACAACAUGGGUGAGUGCCUUUUAAGGGUGCUUUUCCUACAGACUCAGAAUUUAUCCAGCAUUUUCUACAGUGCUUUUAACUUUUGUCACUUCCACUUUUUGUAGGAACCGUUAAAUGUUUUUGUCUUUCUUUCCAGUAAGUCUUUAUGAUAAUAAUAACAACCAGUCCCUUUACCUUUUCUUUACGUCAGGAGAAGAACAGCUGGAGCUCUAUAAAUAAAUGCAACAACCAAAUUUACAUUCCAUACCUAUCUCUGGAUAUACUGUAUGUAGCAGAAAAUGUGCAAUUGCACCAGAUGUUAAACUGUACCUCGCCUGUGUCCACCUGCUCAUAUGUGAUGUGAUCAGAUCUCACUGUGAGCUGUGGGAGAGACUGUGCUUUGAAAGAAAUGGAAAUAACUCCUUCCAGUGAACUGGACAGUGAACAGCAGCCAUUAUGAAUGGCGAUAUGGACGUUUGAACGAGACAAAGGAUGCUGAGAUGAGAUCUCCAGCUUGUAAACUGGCACAUAUACUUAUCCUUAUUCCACUUAUACUCAGAUGAGAACAACAUCUCUGUGUAUACUCUCAUCUAUGUUGUCCUGUUUCCUAUUUAAUCAAUAAAACCUAGCAAGAUGAGAUUCGUUUAAGUUGUGAAUUAUAUCCUGCUUUAAAUAUUGUGGCAGUUUGCAGACAG